CCCUGGUCUAUACUCUGUUUAAACAACAGCAGGCGGCGCCAAAUUCACAUAUAUAAAAAGAUCCAACAAACAAAUUCAGCAUACGGCUUUGAGACGCGUUGCUGUAAGCUACAAAAUAACACAAAAUUUCUCGUAAAAUUUUAGUUUUCGAAACGCAAUAAUCAAAAUUAAAUUUCUGUUUGAUAAUGUUGCCCCAGCUUCUCAUGUGCCGUAAUAUGGUACGCUCUCUGCUGCCAUUGUCCUGGCGACGUUGUGCAUCCGACUCCAGCAAUAGUAGUACCAAUGACGACAUCAUUGUGGACUACGAUGGUCCCGAUUUGCCAUUGCCCGAGUAUCCAAACCGGCCCAAUGAACCUUUAGGCAUGCGCAAGCAGCGCUUACUGUAUCAAUCACGCAAGCGGGGCAUGCUGGAGAACGAUCUGCUGCUGAGCACCUUUGCCCACAAGUAUCUCAAGGAUUUCGAUGAGGACGAGACGGCCAUCUACGAUGAGCUGAUCAACGGAGUCAGCAACGAUUGGGAUAUCUAUUAUUGGGCGACGGGCGUGAAGCCAACGCCCCCACAAUAUGAAACGGAUAUUAUGGAGCUGCUCAAACAGCACGUCAAGAACACGGAGAAGGUCGCCCGGUUCCGGCAGCCAGAGUUAACCUAUUAUCUGUAGCACAACUAAUAUUCUCAACAAGGCAACAAAGAAGGAAGAACCUUCUGUCUGUCUUGGGUAUAGUUGUCCCCCCAUUUCCGUCCUCUUGUUAUUAGUCGUAGUCUACACUCAUUAUUUUUCAAUGCUUGACAAAUUAGAACAUAAAUGCAUCUUGCUGCAGUCAAACACACAAAAUACACACACACACACACUCCUCAUACCAUUUACCCAAAACACUUCCAAACUGGUUGUGCUUUAGUUGCUGUUCACUAGGAAUUCUAGAUAAUAUUAACUGUUAUUAUGUUAUUAAAUGAUUAAUUGUUGAAUAA